AGAGAUAGAGAGAGAGUUUGUGUUUGUGUGGAUCUCCGAUAUUCGCUGCCAUCGGGAAUCAUGAAACUCUCAUGAAACCAUGGCAAUCGGAGCUUCCUAAGUGUAAUUUUUAAUCUUUUUUUAUCUAACUCAACGUUCUCGUAACUCUCCACUUCAGUUUCAGUGCUACUUCAGUUCCUUUCGUAAGCCCACUUCCCACUUUCCACUUCCCACUUUCCACUUCCCAGAUGUUAUUGUUUAUUAUUAUAUAGGCCACAUCAUGAAACAAAAUCCAAUGGUACAAACACAAUUUGUCACACUCACGCCGAAGAGCUCGAGAUAGAGAGAGAAAGCAAGAAGGGCCAGUCAGUCUUUGGAGUCUCAGAGAUCUAGAAAUGCUAGAAAACGAAGCCAACUUCUCAGAUCGGAUCCAAGGCCGACCUGUACUUCACUCGGAGAUCACUAUCAGUAGAGACCAGAGCAGCCACCGUUGUUUAAAGAACUCCAUUUCUCUUCUUCUUCUUCUUGGAUUCCACCACAUCAAUAACUUAGUUGCAGAAGAAGCUCCUCCAACAUUCACUCAAAGACCCUAGCGCUUCCUUCGCUCAAUCUCUUUCUCUCUCUAAAUUACUUUCAAAGAAAUCAGAAUAUUAAAAGCUGGGUUUAUCUUGGAGAAUCCACAGUAGACUCUAGAGAACGAACUUAUGGUAGUCAGAGGAACUGAGAAAGGAGGGUCAGGUCUGCACAACUCGAAAGAUCAAAUGGGUGAAACGGAAAACCCAGAUCGGUUUUCACGUAAGAACCACAGCAUUGAAGGGUCGAAUGGCAGAACUACCAGGAAUCGUCAUCUGGUCGAUGAUGGGGCUGGAGAUCUGAUAAAGUGUUCCGGAAAGUACUGUAGAUCGUGCACUGCCAGUUUCAUGGCGGACUGUGUCGCCAUCUGUUGUUGCCCUUGUGCAGUGGUGAGCUUCUUGGCGCUUGCUUUCGUGAAGCUGCCUUGGAUGAUCGGGAGGAGAUGUUUGGGAUUAGAGAAAAAGAAGGGUCACGAAUCCGAAAGGAAAGAGAGAAGGAAAGGGAAAGAAAGGGAUGUAGUGAUUGAGAGAAAUGGAAAUUUGAGAAAAGAAAGCGCAGUGGAAGAACGAACAUGUCAAUACCAAAGCCCAUGUGGGAUUCUGGUUGAGGAUGAUGAAGCAGAGCAGAAAGAAAAUUUCCGUGCGGGAAUUGAAGAUGAAAGCGUUUGGAUGGAGUUGUACCAGUUGGGUCAUUUGGGUUUUGGUAGAGUCUCUUUCUCUGGAAUCCAUGGAGAGAAAGACUCUUUGUAACAGAACAAAGGAACAACCCUCUGGAAUCCAAUUGUUUGUAACAGAAGAGAUGGAGAAAUUCUGGAAAAAAAGAAAAGAAAGAAGAUUACUUAUGAACUGAAAUGCUCCUGAGAUUUCGUUUUCGAAUAUCUACCAACCAGAUUUAGAGGAUUAAUUAACUGUUCAAAAUUCCCUUUCA